AUACUCAUUGCAAGGAGAAAAGACUUGGAGGAUCAAAGAUGCCUCUAGUCUCCAUCUUCUCCUGAGCGCCAAGCCUUACAGUCAAGCUAAAGACUUAAAACAAGCGCUGCAUGGGAGGCAACCCAUGAGGAUAGAAGGAGAAAAAGGUGUGAAAACACAAUCCGCGCCAAACAUUGGCCGCGGACGCGCAGAAAAAUGUUUUGGCCGAGCAAUUUCCAACCGGGCCGACCGUGCCGGUCGAGCCGGGAAGGAACGGCUUAUGCUCGGCCGGAUUGACUCUAUCGCGCGACAGAAACCGUCCGCGCAGCACGCACGGACAGAGAAGAACGGCCGCGCUCGGCCGGAUUUUGUAUCGGAACGGACCGACCGUUACGGUCGAUCCGGGAAACAAACGAUCGGCCUCGGCCGAAAUUCUCGCCACACGAGAUUUGGCCGACCAAAUCGCACGACCCGGCAAACUUUCUCGGCCAAGGUAAGUCCCCUUUUCAUUAAUUCAAACCGGUUUUAA